GCUGAGUUACUUCCACCUGAUGUCACAGCGCAGCGCUGGCUGCCGGAUGUAGGGACCCAUGCAGCUCAUGCUCAGCUCGUUUACAGGUAGGAAACAUGGCCGCGGAAGGGGAUGUGGAGCUGGAGCUGGAAACUGAGGAGAACUGCAGCGAGCGGCCGGCGGAUAAGCCCCGGAAACAUGACAGCGGUGCGGCGGAUCUGGAGCGGGUGACUGACUAUGCGGAGGAGAAGGAGAUCCAGAGCUCCAACCUGGAGACGGCCAUGUCCGUUAUUGGUGACAGACGGUCAAGAGAACAGAAAGCAAAACAAGAAAGAGAAAAGGAGCUGGCAAAAGUUACCAUCAAGAAGGAAGAUGUGGAGCUUAUUAUGAAUGAAAUGGAAAUCCCGCGCACAGCAGCAGAACGCAGUCUGCGAGAACACAUGGGAAAUGUAGUGGCAGCACUCAUCGCACUGACUAACUGAGCAUCUGUGCAUUACAGAUGGCGUUCUCUAAGAGACAUACAGCGGUAAUUGGAGCAACAGUGAGAACCACCGAUCAAGGGGCCUGUUCGUUAUACAGAGGUGGGCAACAUGUGGCUCUCUAGCUGUUGUGGAAAUACAAGCCCCAGCACUUCCUGGGAGUACAUGCUAAGACUUGUAGUCCCACAGCAGCUGCUGCACCUAUGUUGCCCAUGCCUGUAUAAUGGUUUAUAACGGAUUCUGUCUGGGACAUGCUGAUGUUUUUUCACUCAUUUAACUUAGGACACAGAAUAUCUCUGGCUCAAAUCUUCUAACGUAUUUUGAAUAAAAGUAAAUGUAAUAAGGAUGUAUAAGUGUAAUCACGUGUUUUAAGCACAAGUACGCAGUAUGAAAGUUACAUUCUAAUAACGUACAUAAUAAAUGCAAUCGGUGACCUCUUCCUGUUCUGCAAUAUCUUUUACAUGGACUUUCCCAUAUUACUAUGUAUUGAAAAUGGCGCCAACAUGACUUUUCCUGAAUUUUUUUUUUUUAAAUAAAUGUCAUGCAAAGUAUA